UGUCCCCAGCGCCGGGCCGUCUUCCCGCCUUUGGUGCUGCUAUGGCGGCAGCCCCGCUGCUCUCCAAGGCCGAAUACCUGAAGCGUUACCUGUCCGGGACAGAUGCCAGCGUCGACGGGGGACCCGCGUCGGGUCGCAAGCGGCGCAAAAAGCGGCCGAAGCCCGGAGGGGCCGGCGGCAAGGGAAUGCGGAUUGUUGAUGAUGAUGUGAGCUGGACAGCUAUCUCUACUACAAAACCAGAAAAGGAGGAGGAAGAUGAUGGGGAUUUGCCUGUGGUGGCUGAGUUUGUGGAUGAGCGGCCAGAAGAGGUAAAGCAGAUGGAGGCUUUUCGUUCCAGCACCAAAUGGAAGCUUCUGGGAGAUUCACCUACCAGGACGGCCCAGCACGACACCCCGGANNCAUCCCCUCCCAGGAGGGCCCUUCAAGACUCUGACAAGUCUUUUCCCAGAAGGGUCCGCCAUGACUCCUCGGAUGCAUCCCCCCUUAGGAAACCUCAUCAUAAUUCUGCAGGUGUGUCUCCUAGAAGAGUCCCUUAUGAUUCCUCAGGUAUGUCUUCCUCCAGAAGGCCCCAUAACAAUUCCACUGACAGAUCCCGACCUAGGAGGACUCUGGACUCAGACACACGGCAUCCCAGGAGGGGCCAUCAUGACUCCUCCAACUUGGCCCCUGAUGUUGCUCAUUCAUUGCCCAGAACCAAAAGUAGUAAAACUCCAGAAAGAGCCUCCUGCAAGACUUCUUCACACUGGAAAGGAUCAGAACCCACCCAUCUGCCACUUCUGAAGAACAUCAAAAGUGAAUAUGACUCGGACUUCUCUCCUGCACGGAAAAAGCAAGCAAAAUCCCAUUUUGUAGGUGACUGCCAGAAAGCCUCUGAUUCAGAUCUGUCACCUCCACGGCACAAACAGAGUCCAGGGCACCAGGCUUCUGACUCAGAUCUGUCGCCUCCAAGGAACAGACCAAGACAGCAGAGCUCUGAUUCUGACCUCUCUCCACCGAGGAGGAGACAGAGGACCAAAUCUUCGGAUUCUGAUUUGUCUCCACCUCGAAGGAGUCAACCUCCUGGAAAGAAGACUGCGCACAUGUAUUCUGGGGCUAAAACUGGGUUGGUGUUAACUGACAUACAGCAAGAACAGCAUGAGCUCAAAAAGCGGGACCAAGAGAACAUGGCUUUUGAAGCUGAAUUCCAGUUUGCUGAAACUGUGUUUCGUGACAAGUCUGGUCGUAAGAGAAAUUUGAAGCUGGAACGUCUAGAGCAAAGGAGAAAAGCAGAGAAGGACUCCGAACGAGAAGAGCUGUAUGCCCAGUGGGGCAGAGGGCUUGCCCAGAGCCGGCAACAGCAACAAAAUGUGGAGGAUGCAAUGAAGGAGAUGCAAAAGCCUUUGGCCCGCUACAUUGAUGAUGAAGAUCUUGACCGGAUGCUGAGAGAGCAAGAAAGAGAGGGAGACCCUAUGGCCAACUUCAUCAAAAAAAAUAAGGCCAAGGAGAACAAGAACAAGAGGGUGAGACCUCGAUAUAGUGGCCUAGCACCUCCUCCAAAUAGAUUCAACAUUUGGCCUGGAUAUCGCUGGGAUGGAGUAGACAGAUCCAAUGGAUUUGAGCAGAGACGCUUCGCCAGGCUUGCCAGCAAGAAGGCAGUGGAGGAGCUUGCCUACAAGUGGAGUGUUGAGGACAUGUAGCUUCUCGGAGGCCGUGCCAGUGGCCGAGGGUUGGGGUAGGGCACGAGAGAGCCGGGCGUCUCGCUGUAACAUUUGCCUGUGCUAAUAAUCAGGUCCUCACAGACUAGUAACUUGUGGACGCCAAUUUUGACCCCAGAGGAGCACUUGAGACCUCAUCUGUGGGCCGAGGCGCCUGAACUUCGGAGGCGUACCUAGCGCUGCAGCUGGCGUCUGCAGGAAGUGGGAUUCCUGCACUCCAAGGCUUGUUUCGCUAGGAUU